AUGCCAGAGUACACCCACCAUUCCCACCGACCAUCGUCACCAACGGGCCAACCGCCUCUCAGAAACGGACAGAAAAUUAAAAACUGCUGCAAAAAUUUGGGGUCAUUUUUGUUCUCCCAAGUCGGGCUAGCCACGAUGGUCAUCCUGUAUUCUGUUAUGGGGGGUAUAUUAUUUAAGGCCAUAGAGGGCCCAUCUGAGAAGAAGGUGAAGGAGAUCAUGAGGUUUAAAUGGGAUGAUACAGCCGGAGAGAUAAUGAAUUUGGCCAUCCAUCUCAACAUACCCACCAUGAACCAUACUCAGUUCGCCGAUAUCAUCAAAAAUGUCUUGUAUAGGUACCAGGAAGUGAUAGUUAUGGCGGUGAAGAACGAAGGGUUCAAUGGAAAGUUCGGAUCGGACGAAUCCUCAAUACAAUGGUCUUUUGCUGGCUCACUCCUCUAUGCAGUGACUGUCAUCACUACCAUUGGCUACGGUCACGUGGUACCAAAGACGCCAGUUGGACGGUUAGUGACCAUUUUAUACGCUCUCCUAGGCAUUCCUCUCACCUUCCUCUAUCUCUCCAACGUCGGAAACUUCGCCGCCAAAUGUUUCCGACUCUUCUAUAAGAAGUUCUGCUGUGGCCUGUGCAUUUACGUUCGCCUGCUACGCCACAAGAGACGCAUGUUGAACGUUCGAAGGCAGGCAGAGGCUCAGAUGAAGAGCCAGGAGGCCUUUGAUAGCAUUGUCGAAUCGACUUUCAUAUCAGCGAAACGAGGUGGGGCCAGUGAAGACGAUCUGGAGUACGUAAAAAUGACAGUGCCCAUUUCAAUCUGCCUCAUCAUCAUCACCCUCUACAUCUACCUUGGCGCGCAACUCUUUUCAUAUUGGGAAAAAUGGGACUUGAUAACGAGCUCGUACUUCUGCUUCAUCACGCUUAGUACGAUCGGUUUUGGAGAUUUGGUACCUGGAAUUGACAGCAGCCAAGAGAAGGCCCACCAGAAGCUGAUGUUGUGUUCGUUGUGGCUGGUUGUUGGAUUGUCCUUACUGGCGAUGUGUUUCAAUUUGAUGCAGGAAGAGGUCAAGGAGAAUUUUAGGUGGAUUGGCAUGAAGCUUGGUGUCUUGAAGCAGUAAAGAAAAAUAAAUUUCUAAAAAACUAAUAGCGCAAUGUUUCUAAGAAGGAAACACGUUUGAAGGUCUUGCGUUGAAAUAAAGAUACCUUUCGUUGAAAGCGUUGUAAUGACGUGAAAUACAUGUUAAUAAUAAAAUCAAUCAACCUCAUCGUCUUUCACACGAACGUGCUAGGUUAACAAAUACAUCGAAACGUACACACAGACACGUAGACGGACUUCAUCAUUCAGACAAAACAAAUCUUGUCGAUCUUACUCGUAUCAUUCAAGUCAUCAUUUCAUCGCGUUAUCAUUUCAAAAUGACGUCAUCUUCAUUAAAUAACAAUUUCUCAAAAAAAAAAAUUUCAUAUCGUCUUCAAGAUAAAUAAUUUUAGGUUUAAAUUCAAUUUCAUUAUUUUAAUUCGAUUUAUUUAAUGAAAUAUAUUUUUAAUUAUAAAAAAUUAAUUUGAAACAAAGUUAUUUUUACAAUACCAGUGCCUUCUGUCAUAAAUAUGCCUUACUAGGAAUAAUUUUUGAAAAGUUUUUUGAUGUCCUAAUAUUUUUUUCAAGUAUUAAUCAAUCAGUCGUCUAUUUAGCCAUUCAUUCGUUCAUUCAUUUCUUCAUUCAUCUAUUUUUUC